CCCGCCCUCGAGCUGCAGGACUGUGUGGUUGAUCCACUGAAGGAAGGCGCUGGAGACGAGACCUUCACCUGUCAAUCAAAUAUGUUUGCUGUGGUCAAUUUAAUAAACUGAGGUUAGACUAAAUAAACUUAAUUUUCCCGUGUGUGUGUUAAUUGGGGACUAACACACACAACAACUCAGAACAAGGCGCUGACAUUUUAAACGAUGUUGCUGCGGAGGAGCAAGCUGUUUAGCUCGCUAGCUCGUGGGCUAGCGUACAUAGUAAACACUUAACUUCACCACAACAAUGACUUUAUUGAGUUCGGAAAAACUAUCAUGUCCAUUUUGUUUAUCGAACAAUAAGUCAAUAUAGUAAUUAUUGUGACAGGCCUAAUGCGAGGCGGCACGGUGGACGAUUGGUUAGCACAUCUGCCUCACACUUCUGAGGACCGGGUUCAAAUACGGCCUCGCCUGUGUGGAGUUUGCAUGUUCUCCCUGUGCCUGCGUGGGUUACCAAAACCAUGCAUGGUAGGUGUGACUGUGAGUGUGAAUGGUUGUCUGUUUCUAUGUGCCCUCCGAUUGGCUGGCGACCAGUUGAAGGUGUUACCCCGCCUCUCGCCCGGAGAUAGCUGGGCACGCCCGCUCCAGCAUGCCCGCGACCCUAGUGAGGAUAAGCGGUACGGAAAAUGGAUGGAUGGAUGGAGGCCUAAUGCUAGUUAUUGCAGCAUACACAGGAAGGAAGUCUGCUAACCUGUUAUCCAGGUUUGUUCAUGUGACGUUCCACAGAUAGCGCGCUUGCUUUAGCUUAGAGUCACUUAUUGUAACUUAGUUUGUAUGGUUAGUUUAACUUAAUUUAUAUUGUCAUGGCUAUCCAUCCAUCUGUCUGUCUGUCGUAAGAGAGAUCUUCACUUCAAACGCAUCUUCUUCCCUAUCAUGGCUGUUUGUCACCUCUUUUCUACUCCUCACUUAAUUCUCUCUUUGUAACCUCCUUCCUUCUCCUUCUCUUUGAUGUGACACUCAGGUGCAGUCGGUAAUGGAUACGCAUCUAUGAAAUAUGCAUGCAGGAACUGCAUUAUGCACUUCAGUCUGCAUGAACCAUUUGCUGGUCUUGGGCCCACAACGAUGGCAUUCCCUCUCCAGCAGUACAUUGCAUCACUGGACAGCGCUUGUCUUCCAAAAAUCCUACAAGUCUGCUCGGGGGUCUACUUCCAAGGGUCCGUCUAUGAGAUUUCUGGGAAUGAGGUGUGCUUCUCCACCGGGGACAUCAUCAAGAUCACUGGAAUCAAACUCUCGUCCAUCUUCUGUGAGGACGUCAGCAAUCACGAAACAUUUGAGUUACCCAUCAACUACGCAGGCUUGUUGAAGGUGAUCCCAGAGGAGACUCUGUACAGCACAGUGGAGGAACUAGUCAGGCUGAGGCCUGUGGGCUUAGAGUCCAGCCUCCCCGUCACCUUCACCAGCCGCUCCAAGGUGACGUUGGCCGACAUCACGCUGGGGGCUGGAGCCGUCCUGACCUUGCUAUCCGUGGCAGAAAAGGAGGAGCGGUGCCGCUGCCGCAUCCACCUCGGCCCAGGCCAGGCGUCUGACGAGGUGGACGUGGCGCUGGGGACGCGCGGUGAGUUCUACGUGCACGAGGGCGAGGAGCGCUUCACCCCCAAGGAGAUUGUAACAUCGCCGCACCUACGCAGUCAACGCUUCCACUUUGACGACGACGCCAUGUGCAAACGCACGCUCGUCCUCAGCCCCAUCUACCAGAUCUGCGGCGUCAUGAGCAUGAGAAAGAACGUUUUGUGCUUCCCGUCCAGCUUGGCGGUGGAUGUGGUGGACAUCACCGACGCAUGCGAGGACAUCAACUUUGUGACCGCACUCAGCCUACUGGAGGUCCACUCCCAGCCAGAUCAAACAUUCCCCAUGGUGGUGGAAGUCCUGGAGGGUCCUGAGACGCACUCUAUGUUCAAGUGCAGUUGGCUCCCGCAGCUACAGAAGGGAACCCGGUUGAUUUUCCACCAAAAGGCAACCUCGCACAUGACUGUGAUGUCCAGCUUGAAGAGCCACAAGGCGCUGCAGUACUUCCUGGUAUCCAAGCAGUACGCGGGCCGCUUCCGCAGGCGUCCCCGGGGGUUCGACUCUGCGUACGAACUCUACGUGGCCUCCACCCAAACUCCGGGAUUGAGGGUGUGCGCCACGAGGGACUGCGAGGAAGUGGAGGAGGAAGGCCUUCCCUGGCUCAGCGUCGGUGAGCGACUGGAAGUCGUCGGAUGCCAAAAAGUCCAACUCCCGUGCAGCCAAGUGGAUGCAGUCGUUUGCCACCGCCUUGGAGACGUGGACGAAGAAGGAGAUGUGGAUGAGGAAGGCAAACAGGAGGACCACAUUUAUCUGCCUUUGUACAUGCAAGGCCACUUUGUGGAACUGCUGACUGACACCAAGAAGUACACGCUGGAGGAGCUGGGUGAGAAAGUGCUUCUGGAUGUGAAAGCGGUGAGCCGAGACCCCGAGCUGGAGAGCGACCCUCUUGUCGAGUUCCCAGCUCUCCGAAUAGAAGGGGGAAUUCCGGAGCCCACCAUCCAAGCCAGCUUCCUGCACACGCCGAACCGCUGCUUUGAGAUUCCGGCCCAGAGGAUCUGCAUGACCGUGUACUGCACCCAGCAGCCUCUCCCGUGGCCCCAAAACCAGGCACCGAAGUGCACUGUUGACCGCGUUACAGAGGUGACGGACAGGUUCUUGCACCAAUUUCUAAAAGAGACCUUUCCUCUUGUGAUCCCUCCUCCCAGACCCCCAAAAUGGAGCCUCUCGGCGCCGAAAACAAACAAAAGCCUCCUGACCAAAGACUUUGAUAACAUGACGUUCAGAAGUAGAAGAAGCUCCUCACCGUUGCCAGCUACUGCAACCAUGAGCCAUCAACCGCCGCCAUUUGCACCCCGCAAGUCGGCAACGCCUCAGGGCUCAGCAGAGACAGCCAGGCCUAACACCGACGUGAGAGUGGGGACCAACAUUAAAGGUGGAUCGCGCUCAGCCGCUCCAGCGUCGCGACCUGCUCCCAAGUACAGUACAGUAUGGAAGUCCACAAAUUCCACUGUUGUGGAAAUAAAAAAGGACAUUUUUGUUGCUGCUGACAUGGCCAAGGGAGUGAAGUAUCUUCGAAAGGACCGAGAGAAACUUCUGGACCAAGUUGAAAAGCUGUUCCUUGUUUGGCUAAAUGAGAAACAGCUACAGCAGCGAGUGAUAGCAUUUCCUCGACUAUUUGCAAGAAGGUGAGGCACUUGCAUGCUGACAUGUUGUCAAGAAAGAUGACACUGCAAGCCAAGAAGUCAAGGUAAAGUGGAGAUCAUUGUUUAUUUUUCAUAACUGUGGUAACCCGUUUGUUCAAGUUGAGGGGUUUUGUGAUUUCCGACUUGCUUUGAACGCCCACACGGACUCAUGACACUGUUUGUGUGGCUCAGCAGGGAAGCUGCAUUUGAAUGAGGAGGACAGUUCCACUUGUUAACUUGGUCAAUAGAGAUCUUUGCUCGA